AUGAGUCCUCAAUCCAUCGGCUUCCUCAACUUUUCCAUCCUUGUCGGCGCUUUGAUCGGACUCGUCACAGCUGGCCCCUUCAGCGACUGGGUCUCAGCAAAGGCAACAACGCGAAACGGCGGCAUUCGAGAACCAGAAAUGCGUCUCCCUGCAAUGAUACCCUAUGUCAUCAUCAUGAUCUUCGGCAACGUAAUUACCUCAAUCGGGUACGAAAGACAUUGGCCAUGGCCGGUCAUAGCCGUCCUCGGCUACUCAUCUGCUGGCAUUCAGGUCGCUGCUCUACCCAGUAUCGCAAGUACCUACGCAGUGGAUUGUUAUAAGCCAGUGACCGGGUCACUCUUCGUUGCUAUUACUGUCAACAAGAGUCUUUGGGGAUAUGGUAUGGGCAAGUUCGUCACGCCAUGGACUAUCAAAUCAGGAUUUAUCCCUGUUUUCAUGACCAACAUGGGCCUGACAGUUCUGUGGUGCGGCUUGGGUGGGGCAUUCUACUUCUAUGGCAAGACGUUCAGAAGGUGGACCAAGGAUAGCAAUGUUCACGGAUUUUAG